AUGCCAGACACCAACACCCUCGACGCCCUUGCAGAGGCCCUCUCAGCCUCCCUCUCCUCCGCAAACCUCGUCCCCGGCCCCGCGCAAGCCCUCGUGCCCCCGGACUUCAAGCCCACCACCCGCCUCUCCAUCUCCUUUGACGGCAAGGACGUCGAGCUGGGCAACCUCUUUCGCGUCAGCGAGGUCAAGCUCGCUCCGUUCGUCUCCUUCGAAGCAGAGCCCAACGCCCCCGAAGACGCAUCCUACAUGCUCCUCCUCGUCGAUCCCGACGCGCCCACGCCAGACGACCCCAAGUUCGCCUUCUGGCGGCACUGGGUCCUCCCGGGCCUCAAGCCGCUGGCCGGCGCCGAGGGCAUCGUCGCCCAGACGAAGCCUGUCCUGACCGAAUAUCUCGCCCCCGGUCCCAAAGACGAAUCCCAACCACACAGAUACCUCUUCCUGCUCUAUCGUGAGCCGCAUGGCCUGGCAUUGACAAAGGAGGACGUAGGAGGCGAGGAGUUUGUGCAAAGGCGCUCCUUCGACCCAGUCAAAUUCGUCGAGAAGCAUCAACUACAGCUCGUCGGACUGAACUGGAUGAAGGGCGCCGGGGACGGCUGGAAAGAGUAA